AUGUCAAGAGUUAAAAAACCUUCAGAAAAUUUAUCAAUUGAAACUCAAAGCCAAAAUAUCCUCAACAAAGUCCACCAUAGGCACUCUCUAUCUAAUCCUAAUUCACGAAGUCCCUUAUCAAAUAGCCAACAGCAAUCGAAAAUAAAAUUUUCAAAUAUCCUAACAAGCAAGCAUCAAUUUCUUAAUAGAGAGUCUUCUCCCUACGCCCAAAGCCAAUCUAUUACCAAAACCUACUCAAUCUCCAACAUUCACAAAAAAAAAGAAAAAACCCGAAUUAAGAUGAAAUCAGCGUCAACUUUGAGUUCAAAUAAUUCUUCAGCACAAUUAGGUAAACCUACUUUGAAGCCGAUUCGUAAUGAGAAUCCAUUAGAAACGACAUUCCCAAACUUCAGCUUUUAUGAUGAUUGGAAAGAAAAAAAUAGAGGAAAGCAUGCGUCAGCUGAUAUGAGUCUCAAUGUUACGAAUUGUAUUAAUUUGGUGGAUCAAAGUAAAGAUCAGGACUCUAAAGAUCCGCUGAGAGAGUAUGCAAGGCAGAAUGAAGAAGCUCAGGGGCUAGAAUUCAAGCUUACUAAACUUCUAACUCAUCAAUGAUUAAUAAUAUGCAAAUUAUUAAAAAAUAAAGGAAUUAUAUAAAAUUAUUUUAGCUACCAAUAAAUCUUUUCGGUACUCUAAUAUUAUUGAUUAAUGAUGAACUAACUAAUGAUAAAUUACUGCCAUAAGAUUUAAUGUCUGGCCAUUUCAUAAAAUUUUUAAGUUCUUUUUAUUAUUGUUUAUAUAACUCUAGCUUUCCACUCGUGAGCGAACAAAAAACUUUUGUUCCCUAGCAGGGGUUAAUUUUUUUUUAAAAAUUUAUAUAAUAAUUUUGUUUUUCAAAAUUUAAAAAAAUCUUAAAUUAAAGCAAAUAUUAAUUUAAUAUGUAAAAUUUAUGUUUUAAAAUGCAAGCUGUUAAAAUUAAUAAAAUUAGCUAGAGAUUUCACUAUAAUAAUUAUCACUUAUAUACCAACAUUUUUCAUAAAAAUUUUUUGUUCUUUCAAGGAGGGUGGGCUUUACCAAACAAAUAGAGAUUUUUCUAAUGGUUUUGCUCUCUCACGGAGGGGGGCAUAAGCAAUCUCUCUACAGCCAUCUAUUAUUAAUGAUUAAAUUAGAUUCUAACGGGUCUCUAGGGAUUAUUUCAGCCUAUCAACUUCCCAGGCCGACUUCAUGCUCAGGUAGCCCUAAGACCUGCGCCACAGCACGCCCUUUUCCUAUCGGAUCUCUCGAGGAGACUCACCCUAAAAUGCCUGGGUCUAACACUGCGAAAAAGACUCUCUUAGCCUGGUAGUACUCAGGACAUGAGGGAAAUGACGCUGCUAUUCUGCCUUAUCCAAGCAAAAAUUGCUACCCAGAAGCAUGAGCUGAGUUUGCGUCUUCGAUCUUUCAUCUUGACUUAGGAUAAAAAGCCUGUCUGUAGUCCUAGCCAGACAAAAACCUGGCCCUGGACUUCUUAAAAGGAUGGAAUCAAUUUUAUCUGGGGCUUUACCAACCUACUUCCUCUUGCCAAUUUUUAAAAAAGUAUUAUUAAUGAGGAAUAAGAGAAAAAUCAGCAAAAACCGCAUCUCCAAAAAUGCAAAAAGAAGUUUUUGAUGUAUAUAGCAAAAUUUUCGAAGAAACAAUCUCCAAAGACAAGCUGUUUGGUCCUUUGCUGUUAAAAAUUCAGCAUGCUUAUGAAGAUUGAAUAGAAUCCGCAAGCAAUGACUUUAAAGAAGCCUCAAACAAUCUUAAGUUUGAACUCUCCGAAUUAAGCAAAAAAUGUCAGCAGCAAAGUGAAGAUAAAAAAACAAUGGACCGAAAAAUCGAAAAAUUAUCAAAAGAAAACUAUGAAUUAAGCAAAACUCUAGAAGAACAAGAAGCCAGAUACACAGAUUUACAAGACAAGUUUUUUAAAAUUGCUAAUAUAAAGCUAGAUCAAGUGCCUCAAGAUGACAGUACGUGAAAAUAUUUAAUUGCCGAAAACCAGAACUAUGCAAGUGUUUGUGAAAAAAUGAGAAAUGAGCUGAAAUCUUUUGCAUAUAAAGAAAAAAAACUGCUGAAGCUUAUUUUAGCUAUGAAGAAAAGAGGCUACCCAGUAGAAGAAAUAUAUGAACAAGAAGUCCGAGGACACUCUAAGAAGAAAAAAGAUUAUGAAUACAAUGAGUCUGAUGAGUGCCCUGAUGACACAGAAAAUGAGCAACUUGUAUCAGGAAGGCCAAAAGAUGUAGAAAAGCCUGGCAUGAUUCCAAGCUUGAAUUUGAAAGAAAUAAAGCAAGAAACACCUUAUUCAUCUUCUUCAUCGUCUAGUUAUUACUCAGACAGUGAGUCACGAUUUAUGAAGACUCAAUAG